AUGCCCAACCAGAGCACCAGCCACCGCCCCUCUCGCAGUCACAUCCGCGGCGAGGAAAGGGACUUCUACGGACAUGGUAUUGGUAAAAAGUGGGGUCUUAUGGUCAAGCUUGUGAUCGCCCGAUCAAUACGCCGAUGGUAUUUCAUUGUCUUCUGCGCCUUGGUGUUAUGGUUCUUCCGAAACUAUUCGGCGAAGUGUCAUAUCACCAACAAGAAAUUGACUGAAUUAGAAGCUGAAGUCCAAUAUAUCCGAGAAGGCAACAUACCAGGGGAUACUUCCAAAACGUUGAACAUCAUGAAUGAAAAACUAAUCGAACUGGGGAAUCAAGUCCGACGUAUACAAGAAACAGAAAACCUCCACCCCGUGUUAAACGAGUUGCGCAUGACGGAAAAGAAAGUAGUUGACUUGGAAACGCAGGUCCAAUACCUCCAAGCGGUUCACAACUCCUGGAUCUCUGCCAUCUCAACAGUCCCCGACAACAUCGGCUCAUGGAACGACAAAACGACGCUUCAAGUACCUGGUCAAAUCGCCCAGCUAUCGCAAACCCCUGAGCCGGAAUUCCACGACUCCACCCAGGACAUCAUCAAAGAUACGAUGAUGAAAAUCGGUCGGGCAUUGCAAAUGAUUGAACAUUUCAAAACGGUUGCGCAGGACGCAUUGAAGACAUGCACCAAGGACAAGGAUGGUCGUCGUGAUUUUGCAUUUCUACAAACCGGGGGUUCGGUGAUCGCUAGCCUUACAUCGAAAUCAAUAAGUCUUAACAGUAGUUUACCCGACCACCUCAAGUCCCCAAGAAGCUGGAGAACUCUGUUUGACUCCCUCAUGAGUGGACGCCCCUCGGUGACGCUACCUGAUAUUGUUUUGAUUGGCAAUGGGUCAAUUGGUGCGUGCUGGGCCUUCAGUGGCUCAAAGGGACAAAUAGGUAUUGCCCUAAGUGACCCCAUCAACAUCUCUGGCGUCACAGUUGAGCAUAUUGGAAAAGAGUUGGCUGAAGAUAGUAUAAAUGUAGCCCCUAAAGAUUUCGAGCUUUGGGGUCUGGUUGAGGGCAAAGAUAGACAUUCCGAAUUUUUUUUAUUUAGUGGCUUUUAUGAUACAUCAAAACCUUCAGUCUCUCAGACCUUUGAAUUUACGCCAACAAAAGAAGUUUACAAAAAGGUCAUCUUCAAGAUCAAUUCAAACCAUGGCAACCAACAUUAUACAUGUAUUUAUCGUGUGAGGAUCCAUGGAGUUGUGUGA